UAAGUAGAAAUAAGUAGAAACGAAAGUUGAACUUUUUCAACACGAAAUAAAUAAGCGUAAAACAAUAAAUCCACCUGAUAACAGUUCUUACCAACAGUGUCAAAUGAAAGGGAAUAGUUAAAACUUACUAGAUAUAGAAAACACUAAAACAAUGGCUGAAGGUACAGUAAAUUCUGAUGACAUGUUGCAGGACUCAGAUGAAAUUGAAGAGGUUGGCUGUGAACAAUGUGAAAAGUAUACUGGAAAAUAUGCGGUCGCCUCUGGACUCUGCCUGCAAUGCACAGAAUAUAUGUGCUCGAUUUGUAUUGAGUACCAUGCACGAUACAUGCCUGGACAUAAGAUUCAAAAUAAAUACAACAUGCCUAAGGACAUAUGCAACGUGAAAUGUUCUGACCAUUCUGAUCAAGUAAUAAAGUUUUAUUGUCCAGUAUGCGAUAAAUUUGCAUGUAUGACUUGCAAAGGUACUCAGCAUCAGUCAUGUACACAAAUCGCACAUUUGCCGGCAAUUGUCAAAGAUAUAGAAAACUCUAGGGAACUAAAGGCAUUAGAAGAAGAAAUGGAGGAGAUAUCUAAAGACACGUGCGAAACAGAGCUACUGCUGGACAGUAAUAGAAACUUUGUCAAAAACCUUGAAGAUUCUGCAAAGUCAGUGAUUAAUGAACACAAAGAAGAGCUUGUAAAAUCAUAUAAUAAACAACAAGAAGGUAACAUUGAAGAAUUUGAUAAGAAAAUGAACGAAAUUAUUGAAAAUCUUAAGAAAGAAAGACAGGCAAAAGUUGAAGCAGCUGUAAAAAAAGAAAAUCAAUUUAAGCAGACGAUACACAAGGUUGCAUGUAAUGUAUUAGGAAUUGUGGAGAGAGUUACAGAUGACGAAGUGAAUAAAAUAAAGAAUUUUUCUAAACAAACCAAAAAUAUAUCAACGCAAGUUCAAAGCGUGAAGUCAGAUAUUGAACUGAAGAAGAAAACACAGCAGAGAUGCAAGUUGUUCAUGGCAAUGAAAUCUGCUCAAAGACAGGCAAAUGAGUUAAAACAGAACAUGUUUGCUUUACGAACAAACACGAAAAUACAGGUACAGCCAUUUAAGGUUGAAACUACCGAAAUCGGAAUGACCACAAAACAACUUGAUACAAGAAAGUCUUUCUUUUCGUUGAAGCACAUACACGUUUCAAACAGAAAGAAAGUGGCAACAUAUAUGUAUAAAACAAAUCUGCGAUCAUUUGAAGUUUCAAGUAUGUGCCUCCUGUCAAACACACAGCUUCUUGUUGCUGAUGAAAAGAAGGAGUCUGUCCUAAAUUUCAGUGACCUAAAUCAUGGAAAAGACGACUUUAAAGUGAUUAAUAUUUCAUCCAGACCUGCCAUGGUUGCAAAGUGUGAAGAAACUGAAGCAGUUGUCACACUUCCAAAUCUUGGAACAGUAACAUUUAUGUAUUUUUCAAGCUCUAACAAGUCUUUGAUUAAGACGGAAGACAUCAAAGUCGGUCGAAAUUGUUAUGGAAUUGCAUGUUGCCAGAUGAAGCUUAUUGUUUCUUUCCUUAACCCUCCACGAAUUGAAGUCAUGUAUAAAACUGGCGAAACUAUAAUGACUUUUGAUACAGAUGCCGCAAAUAUGCCUAUGUUUUCCGCACCAAGGUAUUUAGCUGCCAGUCCAGAACAUACAAAAGUAUACAUUGUAGACACAAACAAAAAUGAUAUAACCAGUAUGACAUUUGAUGGUAAAAUUGAAAGUGUAUAUCAAGAUCAGCAACAAGAUGUUUCACAAAUCGCAGUUGAUUUGUCAGGAUCUGUUUACGCGUGUGGGAAGAGAUCGAACAAUGUAAAUCAAUUGUCAAAUGAUCUUAACCUGGUGAAAACACUUCUUGAUUGUUCUGAUGGUAUUAGAAAUCCUGGAAGCAUAUGUUGCAAUGAGAGUAUGUUACUCAUAGGAAGCAAUACUUCAAACAAAAGUUCUAUAAAAGUCUUCAAAGUAUCAUAUGAAUAACUUUUCAAACGUUUGGCUAAAGUAGCAGGCCAAUGACGUCUAAAUGAUACCAAACCAGUCUGUAUUUCCCUGCAUACGCUGUUGAAUGUGGUGGAUGCAGUCAUUUUAAGCGUUCUGUAAUUGAAAUAGCCUUAAUGAACAUAUAUAAAACAGUUUUUUUUAAAAUGACAUACCAAACUGUUUGUGUGUUGGAAUUGUCAAAAUAAAGGAACGCGUAAUGUACAGCUCUCAAUUAUCGGGUGCUUACUCAUGGAUGUCUCCGGUUUUAACAUUGAUUAUGUAAUUUUUGAAAAUGUUUUUUAUUAAAUAUGUAUAAAUGUUACUUCGUUGUAAAGUAAUG